AUGGCGGACGCCGGCGUCAAACCGCCGCCGCCGCUUACGAGCUCCCCCUACCCGUUCGCCGCGGCCCCGGACAUCAUCCGCGCGCACCAGAAAGAUGCCUACUUUCAGGGCGUCCUGACAAACCAACUCUCCGACCUCCACCGCCGCCUCCGCGGCGCCCGCUCCGCCCACGCCUGGGCCGCCGAGGCCCGCACCGCCGCCGACCUCCUCUACCUGUGCCUGACCACCCUUCCCGGCAACCGCACCCUCGGGGAGGAGUACUGCGACCUCGUGCAGGUCGAGGCGCCGCGACCGUCAUCGCGGGCACGCAGGCGCCGAGAAACCCCCGCAGCCCCCGACACCGACACCGACGACAACACCACUACAACCUCCACCACCGAAGACGACGGCGGGCCCCUCCUCCCGACCCCAUCCCGCCGCGCCGCCCUCGUCGCCACCAGCGUCCUAGCGCCCUACAUAGCCAGCCUCCUGAUGCCGCGCCUCCGCGCCGCCCUCCGCUCGCGCCUGCAGUCCCGCCUCGCCGCCCUGGCCCGCCGCGGGCCCGGCCCGGAAGGCAGCGGCUCCCGCGCGUACCGCGCCCAGCGGUACCUCCUCGCCCACCUGGCCGACCUCACCUCGGGCUCCCACCUGCGCGCCGCCGCCCUGGCCGUCUUCUACUUCACGGGCGCCUACUACAGCCUCCCGAAGCGCCUCCUCGGCCUGCGGUACGUGUUCACGCGGCGGGCGGCGGGCGACGGGGCGGCAGGGGCGCAGGGGGCGGCGGACCGCGUGGGCUACGAGGUCCUGGGCGUGCUGCUGGCGGUGCAGAUGCUGGUGCGCGGGUACCUGCACGUGCGCGCGACCGCGCGCGGCGGCGGCGCUGCCGAGGCCGAGGAGGAGGCCGCCGUGCGGGAGAGGGUGGUGGGCGGCGGUGGCGCGGUGGAGGUGUCGCUAGACGAGAACGCGUAUAGUAGCAACAACGCGCUUCUGGUGGGGGCGGCGGCGGCGGGGGGCGGCGGCGGUGGCGGGCAGCGUAGCCCCGCCGAGAUCGCGGCUUCGACGCACACGCCUCUGCCGCGCGGCGGGGGGCCAAGGUACGACCUCGCGGCCGAGGGAGUCAUGGGGUGGAUUAAGGGGAGGCAGCAGCGGAAGUGUACGUUGUGCCUGGACGGGCUCAGGGACCCUGCCGCGACGCAGUGCGGCCACGUCUUCUGCUGGGGCUGCAUUGGGGACUGGGUGCGCGAGAAGCCCGAGUGUCCGCUCUGCAGGCGUGAGGCUAUGGUGCAGCAUAUCUUACCGUUGAGGGCGGCUUAA